GAGACCACUGUUGUAAUGGAAAACCACAAACUUUUGCUCCUUUUCUUAUCUCUAGAGAGAGCAAAACUGUAUAGGACAUGGCAAAAUCUCUUUCAGAUAUAUCCAGAAAAGUUGUCCUCUUCACACAUGUGCGGAAAUAGAUUUAUAACAAAACCAGCCAAAUCCUCCCCAAACACUGGUUUAAAAUCUGUUCCCAGUGAGACAGUUUGUUACUCUACCUAUCCCCGUAACACACCCCAGUCUCCUCCAGAAUUAGUGAGACUUGAUAGGAAGGAGCCGCUGGAGCGCAGCCAAGCGGGAGAGGCGUGGGGCUCCCUGGCAGCGCCAGGGAAGUUUAUUAGUUUGGGGGACCCCGACCGGCUCCUCGCCCCUGUCCACCAGCCAUUCUGCCUGGGACAAGUCUUGCGGGCCCUGCCCACUCCGCACUGCCCCCGGACCCACCGCGCUGCCCUGGGAUCGGCCGGGGACAGGCGGCAGCGCAGGACGGAAGCACAACAUGUGUAUUCGAAAUGCAGAGAGCAUAUUAUAGAAGGCUUUGGACUGUUCCUGGUUGUAUACAGUAAUACAAUGAAGGCAAUUGAAUUUAAUUCCCUAUGGAUAUUGAUUUCACUACUUUGCUGCCAGUUAUUGAACACUGCAGAGCAUGAAGAUGUAGUAAAGCAUGCAAUAAAGCUGCAUCGUGGGAAAGGUGCUGCUGUCACACAGAGAAAACAGUGGGUCUUAGAAAACUGCAGAAAGCUAUCUGGGCUCCUUCGCCAAAAGAACGUGGUUCUCAACAAACUAAAAAAUGCAAUAAGAUCAGUAGAGAAGGACUUGGGGCUGUCAGAUGAAGAGAAACUUUUUCAGAUGCACACAUUUGAAAUUUUCCAAAAGGAGCUGAAUGAAAGUGAAAACUCAGUCUUUCAAGCAAUCCAUGGACUCCAAAGAGCCCUUCAAGGUGAUUACAAAGAUGUUGUAAACAUGAAAGAAAGUAGUAGACAGCGAUUGGAGGCCUUGAGAGAAGCUGCAAUAAAGGAGGAAACAGAGUAUGUUGAACUUUUAGCAGCAGAAAAACAUCAGGUUCAAGCCCUUAAGAACAUGCAGCAUCAAAAUAAAAGCCUGUCCAUGCUAGAUGAAAUUCUUGAAGAUGUUAGGAAAGCAGCCGAUAGGCUGGAAGAGGAAAUAGAAGAACAUGCCUUUGAUGACAACAAAUCAGUGAGAGGUGUUAACUUUGAAGCAGUUUUAAGGGUGGAAGAAGAUGAAGCAGACUCCAAGAGAAAUAUUUCAAAAAGAGAAGUGGAAGAUGACCUGGGUCUUAGCAUGCUUAUUGAUUCCCAAAACAAUCAGUAUAUACUUACCAAGCCUAGGGAUUCAACCAUCCCUCGUGCUGAUCACCAUUUCAUAAAGGAUAUUGUGACCAUAGGAAUGCUAUCUUUGCCAUGUGGCUGGCUGUGCACAAUGAUAGGAUUGCCAACCAUGUUUGGGUACAUCAUUUGUGGAGUACUCUUGGGACCAUCAGGAUUAAACAGCAUUAAGUCUAUUGUACAAGUGGAAACAUUGGGAGAGUUUGGUGUGUUCUUCACUCUGUUUCUAGUUGGUCUGGAGUUUUCCCCUGAAAGGCUAAGAAAGGUGUGGAAGAUAUCUUUGCAAGGACCCUGUUACAUGACACUUCUGAUGAUUGCUUUUGGCUUACUAUGGGGACAUUUACUACAGAUUAGACCAACACAGAGUGUCUUCAUUUCUACUUGUUUAUCCUUAUCCAGCACACCCCUAGUGUCCAGAUUCCUUGUAGGGAGUGCUCGAGGAGAUAAAGAAGGUGAUAUUGAUUACAGUAGUGUACUACUUGGUAUGCUGGUAAUGCAGGAUGUACAGCUUGGUUUAUUUAUAGCUGUUAUGCCAACGCUUAUUCAAGCAGGAGCCAGCACAUACUCCAGCAUUGUCAUGGAAAUACUGAGAAUACUGAUACUGAUUGGCCAAAUUCUCUUUUCUCUGGCUGCUGUUUUUCUUAUAUGUCUUGUUAUAAAGACUUAUCUCAUAGGACCAUAUUAUCGCAAGUUGCAUGCGGAGAGUAAAGGGAAUAAAGAAAUCCUCAUUUUAGGAAUAUCUGCUUUCAUCUUUCUUAUGUUAACGAUCACAGAGCUAUUGGAUGUUUCAAUGGAAUUGGGAUGCUUCUUAGCGGGAGCACUGAUCUCUUCUCAGGGUCACAUGGUUACUGAAGAGAUUAUGUCCUGUAUUGAACCAAUACGUGACUUUCUUGCCAUCAUUUUCUUUGCAUCUAUAGGGCUUCAUGUUUUCCCCACCUUUGUAAUAUACGAACUCACAGUCUUGCUAUUUCUUACAUUAUCAGUGGUAAUAAUGAAGUUUGUUUUGGCAGUGCUUGUCCUUUCUCUGAUCCUUCCAAAGAGCAGCCAGUAUAUCAAAUGGAUUGUCUCAGCAGGGCUGGCACAAGUCAGUGAGUUUUCUUUUGUUCUGGGAAGUAGAGCACGCAGAGCAGGGAUCAUUUCUCGAGAGGUAUAUCUACUUAUUUUGAGUGUAACUACUCUAAGCCUUUUGCUUGCCCCAGCACUGUGGAGAGCUGCAACUAUGAAAUGUGUUCCAAGACCAGAAAGACGAUCAAGUACUUGACAAGACUUGUAUUGAAAUAAUAAAUUUGCUUUGGAAAGAAUCUC